GCCAUUUCUUCACAAAUUCCAAAUAAUUCAGGGAACUUUUGAAAUUUAUGCGUAACGGGUAAGCACUAUGGUGCUGGCGGUUGCAGUUGCAGUUGCAGUUGGUGGUGUGGCUGUUGGGCAGUACUGGGCAGUACUGGGCAUAAUCUGGGCAUACUCAGGGCGGCAAACAGUGCGUUGCAGCGGCGAAAGAGUGCAAAAAGAUUACUGUGCUAAGAGGAGCGAAGAAGAGAUGCCCGGCUAGCUCAUGGUGAAAGAGCGUUUAUUUGUAUCUUAGAUGGAGGUCCUAAAGGAAAAGCCGCCAAAUG